CCUGAACAGUUUCAAACUUAUCGCCGUAUUUCCGUUCCUCGUUUUCCAUUCGCGCCUCUCUCUUUCUCUCUCUUUCUCUUAGUUUUGUUGAGCGUCACCAGCCCUAACACCUAGACUCACAAGGCGGGGCUUGCAUAUGAAUCUCAGCUGAACCUUGGCAGUCCAGCCUUGUGACCGAGUCGUGAGCAACGCUGUACGAGACAUACAAGAGAAGAUGAUGCCGCAAUCCUACGACAGCAGCCAAGCUCCAUAUCAGCAAUCUAUCAACAUGUACUCAGGACAACCCCAACCAGAGCCAGCCCCGGCUUACGAUGCCCAUAAUCAAUCAUCGGGCCCGUAUAGACCUGGGCAGCCCUGGGAUUCUCUCAUGCAGCAACAACAACAACAGCAGCAGCAGCAACAGCACAAUUCUGUGCCUAGCUACAACCCAAGCACUUACGGCCCAAUGCCAGUGUAUCAACAAAACGUGCCUCCGCCUUUGCCUCCGAGGCCUGCUGUGAACAGUAGUCCUGCAAUCAACUAUGCCUCACAGCCGACCACAUCAUUAUACCAGAGCACAAAUCCCUCUUUUCAGCAUUCUUGGAUUCAGCCUGGGUCGAGCUCUAAUCCAAACCCAACACAGCCACAAGGGAGUAUGUACUCACCACAAACUUCGUCAGCAGUGUAUCCCACCUUUCCAGCCGCACAGGAAGCAUAUAGCAUGGCUGCACCGUCUCCGCUUCACCAAGCUUCUGGAAGCCCCUUCAUCCCUUCAGCUGGUGUUAGUCCUGGUCCGAAUCAAGCACAACCUGGGUCCGGCCCAUCGCCUUUUUCGCUGCAGGGAGAAGCAUCCCAUAUGCAGACUAACACUAACCUUCUGCCCAACACAUAUGCUCCGCCUCCCCCAGAUUGGUCAUAUUGGCCAGGGGCACAAGGAUCACAAACCAGUGAUAUAAAUGACCAUCAAGAAUAUGCUUCGCAAUCAGUAGCAGGCCAAAACUAUGGCAAUGCAGCAUCCGGUUUCUCACAAGCAUCACUACCACUACCACCACCGCCUCCGCUGCCGCCAAUUUCACAGCCAUACAACUACUCCACACAAGAUCCAAAUCUAGACAAACAACCCCAAGGUGCCUAUCAUGGGAAUGAAAGCAUAGGUCCAUCGUCCUCCGAAUGGGAUGAGCAACACACGGAGACACCGAUUUCAGUUCAGAGCCAACCGUUCACUACCCAACAAGACUUCUCUGUCAGUCCUCCUGACAAGUCCUACUCGGCAUCACCACUCCCAGGCUGGACAGAACCAUACUCGAAAGAACAAGAGACCAAGACCACAUCUUCGGCUUUUGAUUCCAGCGCCGGCCCAACUGACUGGGAACGCUUUGAGUUACCCGCCGAGGACAUCGACACCAAGACUAAAGAACCAGAAAAGAGGCCCGGUGCCGAGUCUUCUACAGUUAUACAUCCUCCAGACUGUGUCGAACUCCCCGCGUACAGCCCAUCUCCGCCUUACAGUCCGUCUCCGCCUCAUGUAGCAAAGCACGAGCACAAGCAUACCACCAUUUCCUUGGAGAACCAAUGGCCUAGGUCCCUUGCACCUGCUCCACUCCAUGUGCGUCUUUCCGAUAUUGAUAAUAAAGCCCGGGAAGCGUCCGCAGAUGUGCAUGAUCUGCCAGCUCAAGACAUUAGUGCUGAGCUCAACGCUGCCCUCGCAUCCUUCUCUGUGGAAGAGGAAAAUGAUGUAGACGACACAUCAAUUAUGGAUGAUCUCGUUGAAGCUAAAACUCCACUCCAAGGUCGACCUAUCCCAAAAGGCGAACGGCAUCCUGACGGUUUCCCCCUAGAAGACGAUUACGACAGGGAACAUGCGGAUACUUCCAAUCCACGCCAACCUUCAACUGUAACGAAUGAGCAUCUGAACGCGCUAGGCAUAAAAAAUGCGACUCUGUUGCACUCCGAAGUGCCACAACCUCGAGACAUCAUUUCAGAUCUCAACCCUUGGAUAAGAUGGAAACUUUCAAAAGUUUUGUCACAACCGAAGCUCACCUACGGGGCAUCGACUGUCAACAGAUAAGGUGUCUCUCUUGUGUCCAAGAGCCAGAGGCCGGUUUGGACAAAGAAGAACGCAAAUUAUCAAGCAAAUCAAAAGUACCAUUGAGGAUCAUUGCGGAUACGGGGAACCAAUUUCAACUUCAGGAUGAGGAGUAUAGCCCUGGUGGCAGGCCUAUCUUAAACA